AUGUCGACCAUUCCCACCACCAACGCCGAGUGGACAGAGGCAAUCUCUGCUCUGUCGGCGCAAUUGACAGGCGACGUCCUGCCCGUUCCGCCCACCAGUCCCGAGCAGAUCCCGGGCAUGAUUGAUCACACCCUUCUCAAAGAACCCAUUGAGCCUCAGCAGAUCGACACUCUCUGCCAGGAGGCUCGCCAGCACAAUUUUGCCACGGUGUGCGUUCGCGUGGGAUACGUUGCGCAAGCGGUUGCCAACCUCAAAGACCUGCCCAAUGUGGGGGUGGCCUGCGUGGUGGGGUUCCACGAAGGAACGUAUGAAACGGAGUAUAAAGUGUCUGAGGCCCGGGAAGCAGUGGCCCUGGGCGCCAGUGAACUCGAUAUGGUGAUUGAUUAUCCCAAGUUGAAGAAGGGAGAAUAUACCGCCGUCUACGAGGACGUUCUGGCGGUGCGUCGCGCUGCCCCGUUGCCGGUUCUGCUCAAGGCGAUUCUCGAGACGUCCGAGCUUGAGAAGGAGGAGAUUAUUGCUGCUACGUUGCUCUGUUGCAUUGCAGGUGUAGACUUUGUCAAGACCAGCACUGGAUUCAAAGGCCCCGCGACGGAGGAUGCUGUCUCAUUAAUGCGGACCGUCUCUCAAGUCGCUGGGUUCCCCAAUGUUCAGGUCAAGGCCAGCGGUGGUGUCCGGACUGCCUCUGACUGUCUGCGCAUGGUCAAGGCUGGAGCAACCAGAAUCGGAGCUAGUGCUGGUGUGAACAUCGUGCGCGAACUUACCAGCGGAGAGACUCAGGCCCAGUCCACGGGUGGUGACGGAUACUAA